UCUUGAAGAACUUUUAAAAUGGUAAGCAGCUUGGUUGUAGCUGCUUUGGAUGCUAGCUCCUCCUCUCUCUACUUUGAAAAUGAUGGAGGUACGAUUACUGCCAGCUCUGGGACCGCCAGCACUUUGAGAAUGAGCAUGCAGCACUUAACCCUUUUUAUCUGAGAAAUAGCUAAAUAUGCCAUGCAGAGCAUUGUGUGGCCUGGAAAUAUCUCUGUGUAUGGUGGCAGGAAUCCGCCAUGCUUUCCUGCCUGUGCAGUCCUAGCAGUCCUGAUCCCGCCACCUGCCCAGGUGGGGGAGGGUGUGCUGAGCUACCAGCAUGGUCUCAACUACUUUUCCAAGUGGGCAUACAAGAACUCUGGAUGCAAUAGUGUGUGGUACUCAUUGGAACCAAGGAAGAGAGAAUCACACAGCACAGAAACUGCGUGUGGCUAGAAUUACACUGUGUAACUCUCAAAACAACUGUGAGUUCUCAGAAGAAGCUUAAAGGCAUGGGCUGUUAGAGGACUGUCACUGCCUCUUACUUUGAGUUUUUCUUUCUAGUAAAUCAGUAAAAGUAUAUCUUGUAUCAUUAUUUGCCAUGUGCAUAUGUUCAUAUAAUGAUAAAUCAUUUAUCUGCAUCAUAUGUGAGUCUAUCUGAUGGUUAAUUUAAGAAGAUACUUAAUAGCUCCCCAAAUUCCAAAGGUUGGAUUACAGAUAAAAUUGGGCCUGGCUUUUAUCCAGUAAAUGAAAGAACUGAGAUGCUGUACUGGUAGCUAAUCCUUACUUCCUGAUGAAGCAAGCAGAAGACUGAUUUUACAAGUGUAAAAAUGAACCUGCUGAUUUUCUUUUACUGAGUUUUUCUCAUGUCCAAAGUUGUGAUGAGACCUCUGUUUACCUGGUACAAGUGGAUAUUUUUUUAACACUUACUAUUUUUUGUUUGUGUCUUUGUGUGCCCACAUGUCUGUAUGCAUGUGUGGAAGUCAGAUGACAAUCUGUGGUAUUUGCUGCCCACAUGUCUGUAUGCAUGUGUGGAAGUCAGAUGACAUCUGUGGUAUUUGCUGCCCACAUGUCUGUAUACAUGUGUGGAAGUCAGAUGACAAUCUGUGGUAUUUGCUGCCCACAUGUCUGUAUGCAUGUGUGGAAGUCAGAUGACAAUCUGUGGUAUUUGCUGCUCUCCUUCCACUAUGUGAGCCCCAGGGAUUGAACUCCAGGCAUCAGGUUAACAGCAUGUGCCUUUAUCUUGUAAGCUAUCUUGUCAAACCUGGAAUGUUUUCUUUCUUUUUUUCAAGACAGUGUUUCUCUGUGUAGCCAUGACUGUCCUGGAACUCACUCUGUAGAUCAGGGUGGCCUUGAAUAUAGAGAUCCACCUGCCUCUGCCUCCCUACUGAUGGGAUUAAAGGUCUGUGCCACCACCACCCAGCUUCUGGAAUAUUUUCUUAAUGCAGCUGUUUCAACAGGUGGCUUUUAUCAUAUGGAACAUGGCAUUUGAUUUAUUGGGAUUAUUAAAGAUGAGAGAUAAGUUUUAAAAAGAGACCAUCCAUUUCUGGUUGGAACAAUAGUAAUCUUAUUAAGACUCAGGCAGUGUAUUCUAUGAUAGGUCUUCAGUAUCUGUGGUUACUCUGUCAGAAAGACAGUAAGGAAACUAGGACUUAGUUUCCAUAGAAUAACAUCCAAAUCCUCUAGUGUGCUGAAAGCAGUGUUUACUGCCCAGACCGUCUCAGUCAUGCUUCAGACAAACCGUUGGUGAAGUUUAACGUGAGUCAGAACAUUGUGCUGCAGUGUGUCUUGUGUGGGAGUACACCAGGAGAAGUGGCAUGCACAUCUCAUGGUGACAGGCAGCUGGCAGACUUUUUUUAAAGUUCUUUAUUUUGAUGUGUAUUAUUUUUGAUAAUGUGUGUAGGUGUGGGUAUCUAUGCAUGUCACUGCCUGUAGAGAGGCCAGAGGCAUCAGGUCCCCUAAGGUUGCAGGGUAUUAUGAGCUGUCCAACUUGGGUGCUAAGAAUUGAACUCUGGUCUAGUGCUCUAAGCCACUGAACCUUCUCUCCAGCCCCUGAUAGAUAUUUUUAGCUAUAUACAUGAGCUUGGGAGAGGUGGGUGGUGGGUGGAAGAAAAUGAAAAGUUCAGGAAACAUGCUAAGGGCUAAUGAAAUGGCAGGUUUUAGCUUGAAAUAAGGAUAGUUCAAGAUACUUCUGUUCAAUCUUGGAAACAUUUUUAUAUCAUGUGAAAAGGCUAUUUUCCAUAAAUUUAAGAUAUUUUCAAAGCUACAUUUCUUUCACAGAGAUUUUUUUAGUAGAUAGGAUCUAAAUAUACCUUCAAGUUAAAUAGCAAAAAACCUGCAGAUGGCCAGGCAAGAAGGUGACAUCUGAUAGAAUGUCAUUUUGUUUUGUGUGUUCUCUACAGUGGCCAGUCAUUCCUAGGGAAUAUGUUGGCAUUUUCCCUAUAGUAGCAAUAGACAAUAACACAGUAUAGUCCAUGAUAUUAAUACAGAUGCUUUAAACAGUGAAUCAGGGGCAGGAACUUUCUAUGGAAAGGGACAGAUAACAAAUGUUUUAGGAUUUGUGGGCUUAGAUAGUCUCUGUCACAACCACUCAAUUCUGCUGUUGUAGAGAGAGUGGGUAUGAGUAGAUCCAGCCUGUUGAUGAGCCAGUGUAUGCAUACACCUACAGAUAUGCCUCAUUUUAAAUUACAGACAUACUCUGUAAACCUAAGAUAAAAGGUUCAGGAAAUAAAAUGGAUUUAGAUUUACUCAUUCAAUGUCUAUUUACUUUUGUCAGUUUAAAAUUUUAUGUGUAAAUUGCUAUGUCAGAUUCAUAGCAUUGCACAAUGGGAAAGGCAGGUUGGACCCUACUUUCAUGAGUAAUACUGUUAUGAAGACAGAUUCUGACCAAGUGUUCAAGUGCAUUAGAAUGGUUGUGUAACAUGCUUACAAGUAAAAGUGAUGCAGGGGUUAUUUGCUUUGUUAUUACUGUGUGUAUGUGUGUGUGUGUGUGUAUGCAUGCUCAUGCCUGUCACCAUGCAUAUAUGGAGAUUAGAGGACAACUUGUUGGAAUUAGUCUCCUUCUACCAUGUGGGUCCUAUGGCUCAAACUCAGAUGGUCAGGCUUUGUGCAUUUACCUGCUGAGCCAUCUUACCAGCUCUGAUUCCUUUAAGAAAUGGAUGGUUCACCCAGGCCAGCAUCCUGGGUCUUGGGUUGGCUUACCUAACAUCUAACCUACCCAUGACCUGCUGGAAUGCGUGAGGUCCUAUAUGAUUGAUAGCUACAGGAUCUCCAUGACUCGAGGCAACAGCAGGAUAUCUGAGAGGAGUUUCAGUGAGGGUCCAGUGAUGAUGGUGUGCCAGAGGCUUUGAACCAGACCAGUGACUCAUUGCAAUAAACACUUGCGGGAGGGCUGGUUGGACAGAAGGUCUACUGUGUGACACAUUGCAGUUCCAGUGCCACUAGGAAGGAUAAAGAGAUAUUAAAGAGAGAUCUGUUGGCAUCUGAAGGGAUGGCUCAUCCAUGGUCAGAAACCAAGCCAAAGACCAAAAACACUGGUCCUGUAAACAAGGUUCAAAACAGACUCCACUCUGCAGAGAAAGAAAGGAAAACAAAUUCAAGUGUUAAGCUGAAAUAUCCCAGUGUGCAGACUGCCAAUGAUGUGGCCAUCCCAGAUGAUUUCUCAGACUUCUCCCUUGCCAAGACAAUCAGCAGAAUUGAAGGGCAGCUGGAAGAGGACAGCUCGCCAGGGCACACCGAUGACGGCAUCUUCUGCGGUGUCAGUAAGGACAUUGGGACAGAGGCUCAGAUCAGAUUUCUCAAGGCCAAACUCCAUGUGAUGCAGGAGGAGCUGGACAGCGUUGUGUGUGAAUGCAGUAAGAAGGAGGAUGAAAUUCAGGACUUAAAGUCCAAGGUGAAAAACUUUGAAGAAGACUGUGUGAAACAGCAGCGAACAAUUAGUUCACAGCAGUCUCAGAUAGAGAAGUAUAAGAACCUUUUUGAAGAAGCAAACAACAGAUGUGAUGGACUUCAGCAGCAGCUCUCAUCGAUAGAGAGGGAAUUAGAAAAUAAAAGAAGAUUACAAAAACAGGCCGCUACAAGUCAAAGUGCCACAGAAGUUCGCCUGAAUCGCGCUCUUGAAGAAGCAGAGAAGUACAAAGUGGAGCUGAGCAAACUUAGGCAAAGUAACAAGGAUAUUGCAAAUGAGGACCACCAAAAAAUUGAAGUGUUAAAAUCAGAAAACAAGAAGCUAGAAAGACAAAAAGGAGAAUUAUUGAUAGGGUUCAAGAAACAAUUGAAAUUAAUUGACAUUUUGAAAAGGCAGAAGAUGCACAUUGAAGCUGCCAAGAUGCUGUCUUUCAGCGAGGAAGAGUUUAUGAAGGCUCUUGAGUGGGGCAGUUCAUGAGUGAGCGACUUCAACGUGACGCUUGUUUGUGAGCGUUUAUCCAACAUUGAAUUGUAUUGCUUCUUUGCUGUUCAUAAGCAAUGAAAUGUUUGUGAAAUAAAAAGUUCAGGGAUUA